AAAAGACUUCACUGCGCCUUUCAACAGGUACAUGCGGACCUGUAAGGAGAUAGGGCUUCAUCAUGAGAUUAUCAUUACUAGUACUUGUGGUCUUCAGCGUCGGAGUUUCGUGUGCCCACAGCGGUAGGCGACAGCCUCAAAAUGCGUACGAUCAUGGAGGAACGAGGGGCGGCAGUGGUACUGGUGUGACUAAGGGCGGAACCAGUGGUAGAUACGGCGGAGUGAACACCGGUUCUAACAAUGGAAGAAUCAAUGGUUGGCCUUCAGGAGGUAUCACCGGCAGUGGGCAUUCGGGCAGCUUCGGUGGCAGAUAUAAUAGCCAUGGGGGAAAACCCAGUAACAACAAUGGAGGAUACCCAAGUCAUGGCUACGGAGGAAGACCCGAUCCAAACAAUAACGGAAGACUCGGUCCCAACUAUGGAGGAAGAUUUGAUGCAAACAUUGGUACCCACAUUGGAGGAAGACCCGGCCCCCAUUAUGAAGGAAAUGUUUAUCCCAUCUAUGGAGGAAGACCCGGCCCCCACAUUGGAGGAAGACCAGGCCCCCACAUUGGAGGAAGACCCGGACCCCACAUUGGAGGAAGACCCGGACCCCACAUUGGAGGAAGACCCGGGCCCCACAUUGGAGGAAGACCAGGACCCCACAUUGGAGGAAGGCCCGGCCCCCACAUUGGAGGAAGGCCCGGACCCCACAUUGGAGGAAGACCCGGGCCCCACAUUGGAGGAAGACCAGGACCCCACAUUGGAGGAAGACCCGGGCCCCACAUUGGAAGAAGACCAGGACCCCACAUUGGAGGAAGGCCCGGACCCCACAUUGGAGGAAGACCCGGACCCCACAUUGGAGGAAGACCCGGGACCCACAUUGGAAGAAGACCAGGACCCCACAUUGGAGGAAGGCCCGGCCCCCACAUUGGAGGAAGGCCCAGACCCCACAUUGGAGGAAGACCCGGACCCCACAUUGGAGGAAGACCCGGUUCCUACAUUGGAGGAAGGCCCGGCCCCCACAUUGGAGGAAGGCCCGGCCCCCACAUUGGAGGAAGACCCGUCAUCCUCAAUGGAGGAAGACCCGGCACCCACAUUAGAGGAAGAUCCGGCCCCUAUAUUGGAGGAAGACCCGGACCCCACAUUGGAGGAAGACCUGGCCCCCACAUUGGAGGAAGACCCGAUCUCCAAAUUGGAGGAAGACCUGGUCCCCUCAAUGGAGAAGGACCCGGCCCCCACAUUGGAGGAAGACCCGGCUCCCACAUUGGAGGAAGUCCCGGUCCUAACAUUGAAGGAAGGCCCGGUCCCUACAUUGGAGGAAGACCCGGCCCCCACAUUGAAGGAAGACCCGGUUCCCACAUUGGAGGAAGGCCCGGUCCCCACAUUGGAGGAAGACCCGGUCCCCAAAUUGGAGGAAAACCCGGCCCCCUCAAUGGAGAAGGACCCGGCCCCCACAUUGGAGGAAGACCCGGCUCCCACAUUGGAGGAAGGCCCGGUCCUCACAUUGAAGGAAGGCCCGGUCCCCACAUUGGAGGAAGACCCGGCCCCCACAUUGAAGGAAGGCCCGGUUCCCACAUUGGAGGAAGGCCCGGUCCCCACAUUGGAGAAAGACCCGGUCCCCAAAUUGGAGGAAGACCCGGCCCCCUAAAUGGAGAAGGACCCGGCACCCACAUUGGAGGAAGACCUGGCCCCCUCGAUGGAGAAGGACCCGGCCCCCACAUUGGAGGAGGACCCGGACCCCACAUUGGAGGAAGGCCCGGUCCCCACAUUGGAGGAAGACCCGGUCUCCAAAUUGGAGGAAGACCCGGCCCCCUCAAUGGAGAAGUACCCGGCACCCACAUUGAAGGAAGGCCCGGUCCUCACAUUGAAGGAAGGCCCGGCCCCCACAUUGAAGGAAGACCCGGCUCCCACAUUGGAGGAAGGCCCGGUCCCCACAUUGGAGGAAGACCCGGUCUCCAAAUUGGAGGAAGACCCGGCCCCCUCAAUGGAGAAGUACCCGGCACCCACAUUGGAGGAAGAUCUGGCCCCCUCGAUGGAGAAGGACCCGGCCCCCACAUUGGAGGAGGACCCGGCCCCCACAUUGGAGGAAGACCCGGCUCCCACAUUGGAGGAAGACCCGGUCCUCACAUUGAAGGAAGGCCCGGUCCCCACAUUGGAGGAAGGCCCGGCCCCCACAUUGGAGGAAGACCCGGCUCCCACAUUGGAGGAAGGCCCGGUCCUCACAUUGAAGGAAGGCCCGGUCCCCACAUUGGAGGAAGACCCGGCCCCCACAUUGAAGGAAGACCCGGCUCCCACAUUGGAGGAAGGCCCGGUCCCCACAUUGGAGGAAGACCCGGCCCCCUCAAUGGAGAAGGACCCGGCCCCCACAUUGGAGGAAGACCUGGCCCCCUCGAUGGAGAAGGACCCGGCCCCCACAUUGGAGGAAGACCCGGUCCCAACAGUGGCAGAAAACCUGGUCCGGACAAUGGUGGCUACCCAAGUGGCGGUUACGAGGGAAUACUCCACCCAAACAAUGGGAAAAGACUUGGCACAGAAAAUGGUGGCAACCUAAGUCACGGUAAUGGAGGCAGAAUACCCGGUAACAAUGAUGGUAGAAGACCUGGCACCAACAAUGGAAACUUUCCAAGUGGUGUUAGUGGAGGAGGACGCGGUACCAAUAACGAAAUUGACUAUGAACUGUGCACUCAACUUGCUGAUGAAGGUUCUUCUGACUUCUUCACUGAACCAUAUUGUUUCCAAGUAACGCUCAGCAAGUGCCGUAUUUCUUCUGUUAGGGUUUCGCAGAUCUAUCUUCAACCUAAUGCCCUUGUUCCAUCCUUCACCGGUACAGCUGCUGACUAUAUGUUCCAAGUCAGGAAGUGCAUUACAAGAAGACUGUUGCCAACUCUGGAGAACCCCGUCUGUAGCAACGUGGUAGACCUAGCUGAAGGCAGUCUCACCGACCCCGACGGCUGCAUCGGCCAAGAUGACUUCUGUACCGUAAUGUCUAAUGCUAAGGACGCAAGGAAGCUUUAUAUUGUUUUCGGUCUUCCCCAUCCAAGUGACUUCCAGGCACGACUUUUGGAUGUAUUCAAAGACCUUAUAAGAAACUGCGAUAGUGAUGCUCAGGACAAUUAUGAGAAUAUGAUCAACCCGGGCAGUGGGUCUGAAGGAAACAAUGGAGGAGGGCGUAGCAACGGAGGAAACAAUGGAGGAGGGCGUGGCAACGAAGGAACCAGUGGAGGAGGGCGUGGCAACGGAGGAAACAAUGGAGGAGGGCGCGGCAACGGAGGAAACAAUGGAGGAGGGGGUGACAACGGAGAAUACUAUGUAGGAGGGCGUGGCAACGGAGGAAACAAUGGAGGAGAGCGUGGCAACGGAGAACACAAUGGAGGAGGGGGUGACAACGGAGAAUACAACGGAGGAGGGCGUAGCAACGGAGGAAACCAUGGAGGCGGGCGUGGCAACGUAGAACACAAUGGAGGAGGGGAUGACAACGGAGAACACAAUGGAGGAGGGCGUGGCAACGGAGAACACAACGGAGGACGGCGAGGCAACGGGAAACACAAUGGAGGAGGGCGUUUCAACGGAGGAAACGAUGGAGGUGGACGUGGCAACGGAGGACACGAUGGAAGAAUCGGUGGAGGAGGGCGUGGCACCGGAGGACACAAUCUAGGAGGCCGUGGCAACGGUGGAAACAAUGAAGGAGGUAGAGGAAACCAAGGACACAAUGGAGGAGGGCGUGGCAACGGAGGAAACAAUGGAGGAGGGCGUGGCAACGGAGGAAACAAUACAGGAAAUCCUAGCAACGGAGGAAACAAUGGAGGAAAUCGUGGCAACGGAGGAAACAAUGGAGGAGGGCGUGGUGGAUUCCGAACGACCACGAUGAUGAUGAUGAUGGGGGGAGCAGGAGGCGACUAGACAAUUCCCCGAAUCGUGAUAAAGACAUUUACCCUAUGAAUAUCAUUUACUCCCAUGACAUUACAUGAUGCUUGAUUGUUCUCCAGAUGCUCAAAAAUCACCAUUAAUGACCCGGUGCUAUAUGAAAAGAAUCUUUCAAAGAUCUCGUUAUUCUCAUGAUUGUAAGUUACUUUAGAAAUGUGAUACAUUUUGAAAUAUUCUCUCUAAAACCACACAUUCCAUGAAAUGUGGCACAGACCAGUCUUAUCUGUGCUGAAGGUAAAUCACUGGUAAUAUUCAGUAACGCGUUCAAGUAUCAUUCUUGUCAUCUUAUGUGCAUGUAUAUACAUAUAACAAAGAAAUAAACAUUUGACUAUGAAA